CAAAAACUAACUGGUUCAGCUAUCUUUCAGAUCCAAACACUGUAAUAUAAUAUAUUAGUUGAGGUGUAUUUGUUUUUACAAAUACAUUUCUGCUGGUUGUGAGAAUUGUCAAAAUUUUUACUUGCAGUACCCAAUAACCCCACGAUUAUUUGCGGUGCUAGAAAAAUGGGUAUACUACGCCUUCGGCACCACCUUCUUCCUUUUUCGCAAACUGUCUACCUCGAAGGGAAAGCAGAUAAUAGCCAGGAAGAUGCAUCAUGUAUUCGGGUUCCAUCUGUUAUCAUCGAUGGGCCCAGCCUUGUUUAUAAUAUCUUUUCACGCCUCCUGUCAUGGUUUUCAUUGCAUAGCGCCACCCCAAUCGAUGCAUUGCCGACUUCUGAUGAAAUAAGCAAAGGGGUUAUGCUAUACCUUCUGCAACUGAAACUGCUCGGUGUGAAGAUUGAAAAGAUUUAUUUUGACGGUGCGUUGCCUGCCGAGAAGCAUGAAACUCGCGUCUUACGGCUCGAGAACUCAAGAAGGAGGCUUCAAUUAUUUUGCACUGAGACUCGACAUGGUUUCAAAAGUCCAAAGCACUACCGUGGCUACCGUGCUAUACAUUUAGAGAGCAUUUUAUGCAGCCGGCCCUUAUUGGCUAGAUACAAAAAUCUGCCCAACGACCCCUUCAUGGUUCCCACGGUGUUCGAAGAUCUCAAACUCCGUUGGAAUAAGGAGGCGAUUUGCCAGAUCGCCCGGGAUAUUUUGCCAGUCAACUCACUUGACUUGGAAGACUUUCCCUGGGCAACGAUUACGACAAUGGUGUCCGGUGAAGCCGACUCUUAUUGUGGCUCUACUGCAAAACUUACAGGCUCUGCAGUACUCACAAAUGAUUCGGAUCUUCUUCUUUAUGAUCUCGGGACCGAUGGCUCUGUUAUUUUUCUUGAUUCCAUCGAGCUCACAGCGCCAGAUCCCAGGCAAUCGACACAAUGUCAAUUAAGGGCCUCAAUGCUGCGUCCUUCCCUGGUCGCUCUCCGUUUAGGGAUACCUAAUCUGUUAUCCUUUGCCUAUGUAUUAAAGACCAAUCCUGAGCUCGGAAUUGCAGAAUUACUCCAGCGAUCAAAGAACACCCAGGAGGCGAUGGAAGCAUCGUUAAAUUAUCAGCGAUUCGCUAGAGAGUACCAAGGUGACGCCCACUCCCGCCAAGUAAUGAACAGUACGCAACAAAUUCAAUUUCUGGACACCAGAAUCUCGGAGUUAUUUUGGCAAUAUGAGCUUCCGUUCGCUUACAUGCCUUGGGACUCCCCACGCAUGUACCUUCCUAUCUUGAACGAAGAUCAUACAAGACAGUGUGCAUGGAUCCAAGGCCGCUCAUAUAGGAAUCUUGGCUAUUCUCUUCUAAACAUAUCCCGCCUGCCCAAUGAAAGGCAUACACGUGUGACUGAGUUUAUCCGUCGUGGCCAACGCAUUGUGGAGGACACAUUACUGCUUAGCAACGAAGAAUCAAUCGCAGCGUAUACAAAAAUACUCUGUGAUCGCUUAACAUCUAUACAGGUCGAAUUCGGAAUAUCUAAUAAUUCUCCCCAGUUUUGGAGGAUUUUCGCAUUAUUCGAUCUAUAUAUCUCAGGGGCCGAGUCUACGUCGCGUGGAAUACAAGGAUUGGCUCGGUUUCUCUCGCUUGGUUACAUGGGAGAGCGGCUGGAAUGGACAGAUCUCCAUCUAGCCGCGCAAGUUCAGUCAAUCCUGUAUUCUUUGCGAAUUCUAAGACAACUUAUCAGAUUUUCAGAGCUUUCUAAUGGUCUGGCUAUGAGGUUGGACUCACUCCUGGAAACCCUCCCACCAUUGCAUAUCAUGAUGGCUCCAGUUUGUUUGGAGACAAGGGAGUAUAUAUUUAGUAUCCGCAUUGAUCAAUUUUCGGAAAUUUUUAUGCAGCUCCUAGCAAGAAAUCGGUCAGAUUACAGGGGUGCAGCCGAGCAAACAAUGGAGAUAGAGCUUUCAAGGGAAGAAGAUGUCUCAGGGGACCAUGUGGGCACAAAUGUGGUGCGAUCAUAUAAACAGUCUUCAAAUAUCUAUGAACUCCUUCAGGAACAAUAAAUUGAUUUCAAAU